UGAUGAAUGUCCUGGAGCUCCAUGAUGCACGUCAGACUGCUGCAGCUAUAGAGGAUCUGUCUGGAGCUCUGCAGACGGUCGGAGAUCUGUACAUCAUCUCCACCUUCAUGCUGCCACCCAAACUCGGCGGCGUUUUGUUUGGCCUCUACGAUAAAGAGGACAACAAGAAAUACCUGGAGGUUGCUGCUGUAGGCAAGAUCAACAAAUUACUGGUGCGAUACUUGCGCUCUGAUGGAAAAGCUCAUGCUGUCAAUUUACAAAACCCAGUCCUCGCUGAGGGACGCACCCAAUCACUUAUCCUCAGAAUGAGUGGACUGAGACGCAGGCACAUCAACCUAGAGCUUUAUGUAAACUGCCGUUUGGUGGACUCUGCUCAGGGCCUCCCUUCACUUUCCGGGCUUCCAUCAAAGACAGAAUCUGUGGAUGUUCGCACCGGACAGAAGUCUUACGCCAGGAUGCAGGGCUCAGUGGAGUCUGUUAAACUGGCUCUCGGAGGCUCUCUAGCAACUGCUGGUCUCCUCAUUGACUGUCCUGUCCAAGGAGAUUCAGCUAUCAACAAUGCAGGGGAUCACACCAAAGCUCUGAUCGGACAGCUGAUCAUCUUUAACCAGAUCAUGGGAGAGCUGAGAGAGGAUAUCAGAGAACAGACAAAAGAGAUGUCUCUCAUCAGAAACACAAUUCUUCUCCUAUUUUGCGCUGCUCAGCCCUGUUUUUCUGCAGAGUUGUGUGUGAACACAGCUAAAGGCUUCACCUGUGAGUCCUGUCCCAUAGGAUUCACCGGUCCAGCACUCAGGGGGGUGGGUCUUGAGUUUGCCAAGAGCCACAAGCAGGAAUGUGUUGAUAUUGAUGAGUGCACUGAGCACUCUGGUUCCUGUGUGCCCAACUCAGUCUGUAUUAAUACAGUGGGAUCGUUCAGGUGUGGCCAGUGUAAAGCAGGAUUUGUGGGUAAUCAGACUGCAGGCUGUUUUGUACGGAGGACGUGUGAAACUCUGAGCUAUAAACCCUGUGAUGUGAAUGCACACUGUGUGAUGGGCCACAGCAGUGAUAUUUCCUGUGUGUGUAACGUUGGCUGGGCAGGUAAUGGGGACAUCUGUGGUCCAGACUCAGACAUUGAUGGUUACCCUGAUGGGCCUCUUCCAUGCAUUGACAACGACAAACACUGCAGAGCGGACAACUGUGCAAAUACCCCAAACUCUGGUCAAGAGGACACAGAUGGAGAUGGGAUUGGUGAUCAGUGUGACGAGGAUGCAGAUGGAGAUGGAAUUAAAAAUGUUGAGGACAACUGUCGCCUGGUACCUAAUAAGGACCAGCAGUACUCUGACACAGACUCCUAUGGCGAUGCUUGUGAUAACUGCCCAAACGCUCCCAAUGGAGAUCAGCUUGAUACUGAUGGCAAUGGCAAGGGAGACAUCUGUGACAAUGAUAUUGAUGGAGAUGGCAUCCCUAACGUAUUGGACAACUGUCCUAAGAUACCCAACCCCAUGCAGAUAGACCGAGAUGGAGAUGGUGUGGGUGACGCAUGCGACAGCUGUCCUGAGGUCAACGAUCCAUUGCAGUCUGAUAUGGACAAUGAUUUGGUGGGAGAUGUAUGCGAUACAAACAAGGACAUGGAUGGUGAUGGAUAUCAGGAGCGGGAUAACUGUCCUGAAGUGCCUAACAGUUCUCAGCUGGACUCAGAUAAUGAUGGCAUUGGGGACGAGUGUGAUAAUGAUGAUGAUAAUGAUGGAAUUCCAGAUAUCCUUCCUCCCGGCCCAGAUAACUGCAGACUUGUUCCCAACCCCAACCAAAAAGAUACUGAUGCCAAUGGAGUUGGAGACAUGUGUGAGAAAGACUUUGACAAUGAUAAAGUGACUGACUUGUUGGAUGCGUGCCCUGAAAAUGCAGAGGUCACUAUGACAGAUUUCAGGGCGUUCCAGACGGUCAUUCUCGACCCAGAAGGAGACACUCAGAUCGACCCCAAUUGGGUGGUAGUAAAUAAGGGAAUGGAGAUUGUGCAGACCAUGAACAGCGACCCUGGUUUGGCUGUGGGCUACACAGCAUUUAAUGGUGUCGAUUUUGAGGGCACAAUCCACGUGAACACGGCCACUGAUGACGAUUACGUGGGCUUCAUCUUUGGCUAUCAGGACUCUUCCAGCUUCUAUGUGGUGAUGUGGAAACAGACAGAACAGACGUAUUGGCAGAAUUUACCUUUCAAAGCCUCAGCUCAGCCUGGACUACAGCUUAAGGCAGUGAAGUCUCGGACAGGUCCUGGUGAGUAUCUGCGUAAUGCCCUGUGGCACACAGGAGACACACCUGGGGAAGUUACUUUGCUCUGGAAGGACCCAAGAAAUGUGGGCUGGAAGGACAGGACGUCCUAUCGAUGGCACCUCACUCACCGUCCACAGGUGGGCUACAUACGAUUGAGAUUGUAUGAAGGUACAGCCCUAGUGGCAGAUUCAGGAGUCGUGAUUGACACGACUAUGAGAGGAGGGCGGCUGGGCGUCUUCUGUUUCUCUCAGGAGAACGUCAUAUGGUCUAAUAUCAGCUAUAGAUGCAAUGAUUCCAUCACAGAUGACUUUAUUCUGUACCAGAAGCAGAUGAAUGUGAGGACAUAAGCAUCUCCUCAUCUCAAGAAGCUACGUCUUACUGUGUGCUUGUAUAUAUGUGUGUUUGAAGUGGUAAAUAAGUUGUCUGCGAAUUUGACGGCUUGCAAUAAAAUAAGUUUG